GACAGGCGGGCGGGGCGGCGGCUCCUCCCCGCGCGGUGCGACGGCCGGCCUCGGGUACCUAGGCUCGCCCGGGCGGUGACGCCUCAGUUACGGAGCCGGGCCGGGCGCGGACGGCAGGAUGAACAGCAUUAAGAACGUGCCGGCACGGGUGCUGAGCCGCAGGCCGGGCCACAGCCUGGAGGCCGAGCGCGAGCAGUUCGACAAGACGCAGGCCAUCAGCAUCAGCAAAGCCAUCAACAGUCAGGAAGCUCCAGUGAAGGAGAAGCAUGCCCGGCGCAUCAUUCUGGGCACUCACCAUGAGAAGGGUGCUUUCACCUUCUGGUCCUAUGCCAUUGGCCUGCCACUGCCCAGCAGCUCCAUCCUCAGCUGGAAGUUCUGCCACGUCCUUCACAAAGUCCUCAGAGAUGGGCACCCCAAUGUGCUGCAUGACUGCCAGCGGUAUCGGAGCAACAUCCGGGAGAUCGGUGACCUGUGGGGGCACUUGCACGACCGGUACGGGCAGCUGGUGAACAUCUAUACCAAACUGUUGCUGACUAAAAUCUCUUUCCACCUCAAGCACCCCCAGUUUCCUGCAGGACUAGAGGUUACAGACGAGGUGUUGGAGAAGGCAGCUGGAACUGACGUUAAUAACAUCUUCCAGCUCACCGUGGAGAUGUUUGACUAUAUGGACUGUGAGCUAAAGCUUUCUGAAUCAGUUUUCCGGCAACUCAACACAGCCAUUGCAGUGUCCCAGAUGUCCUCUGGUCAGUGCCGCCUGGCCCCUCUCAUCCAGGUCAUCCAGGACUGCAGCCACCUGUAUCACUACACAGUCAAGCUCAUGUUCAAGCUGCACUCCUGUCUUCCAGCAGACACCCUGCAAGGCCACAGGGACCGGUUCCAUGAGCAGUUUCACAGCCUCAAAAACUUCUUCCGCCGAGCCUCAGACAUGCUGUACUUCAAGAGGCUCAUCCAGAUUCCCCAACUGCCUGAGGGACCCCCCAACUUCCUGAGGGCCUCAGCCCUGGCUGAGCACAUCAAGCCUGUAGUAGUGAUUCCUGAGGAGGCCCCUGAGGAUGAGGAACCCGAGAACCUCAUUGAGAUCAGCAGUGGGCCCCCAGCUGGGGAGCCAGUGGUGGUGGCUGACCUCUUUGAUCAGACCUUUGGACCUCCUAAUGGCUCCGUGAAGGAUGACAGGGACCUCCAAAUUGAGAACCUGAAGAGAGAGGUGGAGACCCUCCGUGCAGAGCUGGAGAAGAUCAAAAUGGAGGCCCAACGGUACAUUUCGCAGCUGAAGAGCCAGGUAAACAGCCUGGAGGCUGAGCUAGAGGAGCAGAGGAAGCAGAAACAGAAGGCCCUGGUGGACAAUGAGCAGCUCCGCCAUGAGCUGUCCCAGCUGAAGGCCUUGCAACUGGAGGGCGCGCGCAACCUGGGCCUGCGAGAGGAGGCCGAGAGGAAGGCCAGCGCCACAGAGGCACGCUACAGCAAGCUGAAGGAGAAGCACAGUGAGCUUAUCAACACGCACGCCGAGCUGCUCAGGAAGAACGCAGACACAGCCAAGCAGCUGACAGUGACACAGCAGAGCCAGGAAGAGGUGGCACGAGUGAAGGAGCAGCUGGCCUUCCAAAUGGAGCAGGUGAAGCGCGAGUCCGAGAUGAAGCUGGAGGAGCAGAGUGACCAGCUGGAAAAACUCAAGAGGGAGCUGGCAGCCAAGGCAGGAGAGCUGGCCCAUGCACAGGAAGCCCUGAGCCGUACAGAGCAGAGUGGGUCGGAGCUGAGCUCACGCCUAGACAUGCUGAGUGCAGAAAAGGAUGCACUGAGCGGAGCUAUGCGGCAAUGGGAAGCUGAGCUGCUGGCUGCACAGAGUCUGGUGAGGGAGAAGGAAGAGGCGCUGAGCCAGGAGCAGCAGCGCAGCUCCCAGGAGAAGGGCGAGCUGCAGGGGCGGCUGGCAGAGAAGGAGUCUCAAGAGCAGGGGCUGCAGCAGAAGUUGCUGGAUGAGCAGUUUGCAGUGUUGCGGGUUGCUGCUGCUGAGGCUGAGGCCAUCCUUCGAGAUGCAGUGAGCAAACUGGAUGACCCCUUGCACCUGCGCUGUACCAGCUCCCCAGACUACCUAGUGAGCAGGGCCCAGGCAGCCCUGGACAGUGUGAGCGCCCUGGAGAAGGGUCACACCCAAUACCUGGCUUCCUCUGAAGAUGCCUCUGCCCUGGUGGCAGCCCUGACCCGCUUCUCCCAUCUGGCUGCAGAUACCAUCGUCAGUGGUGGUGCCACCUCCCACCUGGCCCCCACUGACCCUGCUGACCGCCUGAUUGACACAUGCAAGGAGUGUGGGGCCCAGGCUCUGGAACUUAUGGGACAGCUGCAGGACCAGACAGCACUGCCAAGGGCACAGCCCAGCUUGAUUCGGAACCCCCUGCAGGGCAUCCUUCAGCUGGGCCAGGAGCUGAAGCCUAAGAGCCUGGAUGUGCGGCAAGAGGAACUAGGAGCCAUGGUUGACAAGGAGAUGGCAGCCACCUCUGCAGCCAUUGAUGAUGCUGUACAGAGGAUAGAGGACAUGAUGAACCAGGCCCGUCACGAGAGCUCAGGGGUGAAACUGGAGGUGAACGAGAGGAUCCUAAACUCCUGCACAGACUUGAUGAAGGCCAUCCGGCUCCUAGUGACGACCUCCACCAGCCUGCAGAAGGAAAUCGUUGAGAGUGGCAGGGGGGCGGCCACACAACAUGAAUUUUAUGCCAAGAAUUCACGGUGGACUGAAGGCCUCAUCUCCGCCUCUAAGGCAGUGGGCUGGGGAGCCACACAACUAGUGGAGUCUGCUGACAAGGUGGUGCUUCACACUGGCAAGUAUGAGGAACUCAUCGUCUGCUCCCAUGAGAUUGCAGCCAGCACAGCUCAGCUGGUGGCAGCCUCCAAGGUAAAAGCUGACAAGCACAGUCCCUACCUGAGCCGCCUGCAGGAGUGCUCCCGCACUGUCAAUGAGAGGGCUGCCAGCGUAGUGGCCUCUACCAAGUCAGGCCAGGAGCAGAUUGAAGACAGAAACACUAUGGAUUUCUCUGGCCUGUCCCUCAUCAAGCUGAAGAAGCAGGAGAUGGAGACUCAGGUACGAGUCUUGGAGCUGGAGAAAACACUGGAAGAGGAGCGUGUGCGGCUGGGGGAGCUGCGCAAGCAGCACUAUGUGUUGGCCGGGGUGAUGGGAACACCUGAUGAGGAGGAGCCCAGCCGGCCCAACCCAGCUCCCCGAAGUGGGACUACCAAGAAGCCACCACUGGCCCAGAAACCCAGCAUAGCCUCCAGGCAGGACAACCAGCUCAACAAAAAGGACGCUGUCUACCCAGCUCAACUCAUGAACUACUAGACCCUAAGGAGUUCAGCAGGAUGGCUGGUCAGGCCUGGGCCUCACAUGGCUGUCCUACAAGGGUCAAGGGGCCUCUGAAGGGUCUCCAGCUCUUGCACUUGGUGCCUGAAUCAGUGUCCUUAAAGCCCCAGCAUUCAACAGCUCAGCCAGCCUGGGUUACAUGGGAUGGUUCAUCUGGAUGUGAGUCUAUUUAUCUUCAGGAGGAAGUGCCCAGAGCAGCCAGGACCCAGCAGGCCUGAGCUACAACUCUGCAACGAACAUAUGGAAUGUUUCAAAUAUUCCAUGUUAACCCUUUCUUCAUAAGUUUCUAGUCCACACACUGGGAAACAGGGCCAUCCAAGGGGCCUCCCUGCUUCUGGACUCAAAAAGUCUGAGGCUGUAAGUGAAUAGAAAGAAAGGGUCCCUGCUGCCUAUCAGGAGCAAGGGGGGGUUCCCUGUGGCCUUGGAGAGACACAGAUUCCAAGGUUGUGUGGCCUCAGGCAGAGCAGGUAGGCCUGACGCUAGGGCAUCCAUGCUGGGAACCCCAGGAAACCAGGCUCUGUGUUGGAUUUGGGCAGCAGAGUGUGACCGGGGCUGCUGCUGGCUGUGCCAAUGGGCAGCCCUGGCUUAGGUGCUGCCUCUGCUCCGAGUUUCCAUUCCCAGCUGAACUUGGUAGCCACCCUUCCACUUCCUGUUUUCUACUCUCCUGGCCUAGCUGCCCCUGCCCAUUGUGGCUGCUCAUCACCUACCUUGGUGGAUGGAUUUCAGCCCUCCUGAAGGUUUUCUAGCUGUGAGGAGCUAAGAAACCAGAGCUGUGAUACCACUUUCCCAGGGGAUCAGGAAUUCCUGUUAGACCCUCAGGGAGGGGCAGCCCAAGACUUGAAGCCCUGGCCUUGCCUUCCCCUAACAGUUUGAAUAAAAUUUGUGCUUCUUGAGUCUGAGGGGAGUAGUUGAGGGUGGGGUGGGUCCAGGCCACAAAUAGAGCCAGUAGUUGGACUGGACAAGUGUCCAGCUUCUCUCCUGGUUCUGCCCUGUGCCUGGGAAGGCUACUCACCAUGGGCCAGAGUCUGGGGCUAUGAAAGGGAGCCAGCUUCUUUGCCCUGUGUCUAAUAUUCUCCAUGUUGAAGUUCUCUUGGCAAUAAAACACACUGACUGUUGUCACCAGUG